AUGGACCAAGUUGACGGAAGAUUUGUUGCUCAAUAUUUAAGAAAAAAUCCUACAGCUACUGAUAAUGAUAUCAUCGAAGCAUACGAGAAACAACAAGGAGGAGACGGUGCUGUCAAGGAUGUCAUUGACAAGAUUGUCCUAAAAAAUACAAUUCGUCUUCCUGCUGUCGGACUUGGCGAUUUUAUGCCGUUGGAGGAUCGUGACUUUGAUGGUGCAUUUAAAAUAAUUACGAAAAAUGUGGAGAAAUGUAUUAAUGGGUCUGUAUCCAAGGCAGAUUUUCACUUCCUUGUCAGUGGUGGAGCUCCCGGAAUAGGCAAAACUCGGUUUGGUAAGGAGUUGUUCAACAACCUUAAAGAACAUGAUCAUUGGAUCCCUAUUCAGUGGUCAAGAUCGAGGCUUAAUUUUGAAUACAUCCAUUUGGACUUUGGUAAUGGCAUCCAACUCAAUGAAUAUGAUGAUGAUCUAACUCCGACAGUCAUUAUUGGGCUACGGAUUGCCUAUACAUUUUUUGUCGAAGGGCAAUAUAUGAUAAAAUUUGAAACUUUUCGUGAUCGAGUCGAUAAAUAUGUGGACAUUUUCAAGGUCUCUAAUGUUCUUGAUAAUAUUUGGGAACAGCUAGGUCUCCAAGCUGAUCAACAGUUUUUUUUAUUUCUCCACAUUGAUGAGUUUCAACUGGUUGAUCAAUGGGACGAACAAGUCAUGAAUAGGGGAAAGCCAGGCAAAGAGCUCUUUAAGAACAUGAUCAACUGCCUUGCACCAUUCAUGCUUGCCCCACCUACCCCCAUCUUUGUUCAGACAUUCCUCUCGGGGACAGCACCUCAAGUUGUUGUUGAGGCCAAAGAGACAUCAAAAGUAUCAUUCGCAUUUGUCAGAUGUCCGUUGUUGUCGUUUAAGGCAAUUAUCAGGAUUGUGGAUCACUAUGCAGGGAAAUUUGGUGCAGAAAAAUUCUGCUGUGGUCAAUAUAAAUGGAUGCUGUGUCGACAUUUUCUUCGACUUUUGGAAGAUACUGGAGGAUUGCCCCGUGCACUUGAGCUUCUCUUCGAUGAAUGCUUUGCAGUUGGAGGGGGACAAAACUUCUUUCACAAUAUUUACAAACAACCCUUUAACACUAUCUUUGCAAAUAUCAAGUCCGGUCUCCAAAAUCGUUACAACAUAUACGAAACUGUUAAGAAGAAUAGGUCACUUGCCCUGGAGCUUCUUUACCACUGUAUCGAGGCAAUUCCUGUCAGCCGCAAGCAAUGCCUAGACCCAAUUGAUCAGAAUGCUACCAUCGAAAACUUGGAGCGCAAUGCGCAUAUUAUCCUCAACCCCUGCCAUGACAAUCCCACAGAAUUUAUCAUCAAGAUGCCUUUCUUUUUUAUCUGCAUCUACAAUGACAUUUUACAAAUUGUUGAACAAAAACUUGCAGAGACAUUUGAUUUGCAAAAGGAAAUGUAUUGGCAAGAAUGGGAACUAUUCGUGGCAUUUCACGUGGCAUUUCGCACCAACUUGAUGAUCAAACGUAGAAAACAAAUGGCUUAUUUGAAGGACUUGUAUCGCGGUGCCCUUGGGACUCAAGCUACAUUAGAUCUUGAAGUGAAUCUGAAGAAUCUUUCUGUCCAUCUAGCUCAAGAGCAGUUCCCAUGUUCGAUUUUGACAGAUAAAUUCAACAGCGAGACUAUCAACUGGGAGAAUGGUGAGAAUUUGAUUGUCAAUGGCUCAUCUGCCAAGUGGGGGGAUGUGUUUGUUGUUAGGACAAUCACUCCAAACCAGCCCACUGUCAUUGCUCCUGGCCUCGAAAAACAACUCCAUAUCUUUCAAUGCAAGUAUGACUACCUCUCAGAAGAAUUCACAGGUGAAGAUCUUGCCAAUGAAGAGAUUAAAAACUUGGAGAAUUCAAUAGCUACUCAAGGGGACCUUCGCCGUAAGCUUGCUGAGCACCGUCAUAUAACAAUUCUUUUCACAACCCAGCCAUUCACCCCCAGCAUCUCCCGUGAUUCCUCCCUUGUAAUUGCAAUGGACAAUUUCGAAAAGUAUUUCGGUCCAGUAUUUACUUCACGUGCCGUGUUUUUCUCAACUAAAGAUGUCAAUCCCAACUUCUCAGAGCCGAAAAGAAUGGAAAAAUAUAUUCCAGGAGUUGGCGAAGUUACCUCCAAAGAAGUUGUAGAAAAUCGGCCAUACACCAGCGAGGAUGACUUCUAUGGAAAGCAUAGUCGGGCCAAACGAGGCAUGGAAUAUUACAAGCAAAAUCACCCUGGAAAGAAGCGCAAGCUCAGCUUUUUCCCAUUUGAUGCAUUAUAA